AUGAGAAACAUUCGCCCAACUCGGUAUGUGAUCCAGAAGUCUCGUAAUCUUAGCAGUGUGGUGCAGAGUAAACAUGUGGAAGACAAAACUGGUCAGACAACUUCACCUCUUUCAGAGUUUGGAGAACGAACAACUUUGCAUGGGUUACGUUACACUGUACAGCAAGAUAUCUCAGCUAUACGAAGAUUGAUCUGGAUAGUAGCGUUGUUGACUUUUGUGGGGAUGUUGAUUUACCAGAUUGUUGACAGAGUGACGUAUUAUUACGCCAUGCCAAUCAAUGUCAACGUUCGAGUUAACUAUAACGCUUCUCUGCUUUUUCCAACAGUUACCAUAUGCAACCAGAACGCAUUUAAAGCCACCCUUGCUAGUAGGUUUAAUAUAUAUCAUCUAUUGGAGAAAAUGUAUUCGGCAUCGGCAAAUGUCACUGUGGAGGAUUUGCAGAAAUAUGGUGUAGCAAACACUUCUUUAGACGACAUAUUUAACCUUACCGCGCAUGACAAGGAAGACUUUAUCACCAAGUGUUUUUGGAAAGGAAAAGAAUGCGGACCGGAUGAUUUUGACCUUGUUGCCACAGAUCAUGGAAUUUGUUACAGUUUCAACAAUCGUGAGGGUGACAAAAGUAUCUCCUCUGUUGGUAGUGAGAACGGACUGCGCAUGACCCUGAACGUGGAGCAAUAUGAGUACAUGUCGGGACCGCGUGACUCGGUAGGAGUAAAGAUCUUGUUCCACACUAGGGAAGAGGUACCACGUGUUCACGCCCUUGGCCACGCUGUUACAACCGGGGCACAUACGUUCAUUGGACUAAAGAUGGUUCAUGUCCGCAACUUGCCUCCACCAUAUGGAACUUGCAGUAACAGGUCGUUGGAAUAUACAAGCCACUAUACUCUUGCUGGUUGCCAAAUGGACUGCCUUACUCUUCUCGCAUACGACAAGUGUCACUGUCGACAUACGUACAUGUUACACAAAAACGGCGUUCCGCCAAUAUGUACCCUUUAUCAGUAUAUAACCUGUCUAAAACCUCUGCUUGAAGGACUUUUGAGUAUGCCGCAACUAUGCAACUGUCCUGUAUCAUGUGAAUUUCGAUCAUUUGAAAAUGAUAUGUCUUACGGUUCUACGUCAAAAUAUGCAAUAAAGCAGUUUGUUAACGAAAACAAUUUCGAAAAGCUGUCAACUGCUCAACUGGCGGCAAAGGAAGUGACAUCACGAAUGCAAACUGCCACUUGGCAACGGACAGUAGCUCUGGCCUAUGAUUUCAUACAAAAUUUUGACGACGUCGAGGAAGUAUUGUUGGUCAGCCUGUCUAGGCGAGUAGAUGAAUUAAUCAAUGCUUUCGAUGAUCAUUUCGUGGCCAUCAAAUACAUAUAUAAUACACAGACGUUUCUAUAUAAUAUGCAAAUAUACCUUGUACGGAAGAAUUUUAUUGGAGCUAAAGAUGAUAUGGAGGAGCAAACUAUACAAGCAGUGGUCAUUGCGUACGUCAAUUUUAUCAUGAAAAUCGAGAAAAAUGUCGGUUUAUUAACAGACAAAAAUAGAACGGAUCCCUCUUUACGUCUAAUGCUUCACAGCUGUACAUCACUUAUGGUGGCGAACAGGAUAGAAAUGAUACGUAGAACCUAUGUAAACUACACAACUUUGAAACGUGCAUAUGAAACGGGGACACCUAUUUUAAAUCACUCAUUCGUAAAUCUUUCCACAGAAUGGAAUGAACCAGCCACACCAAAGUACUUACUAAUGGAUUCUCUCAUUCACAAUGAUUAUGCUAGGAUUUAUAAGAAACUCCUGUUUCUUAAUCUUAAUAAUCUCACAUCUGUAUUGAAGAAUAUUAUCAGUCUUGCGGAUAAAGCUUAUGCCACUGGAUUUGUUGAUAAUGACGACUUACUUUAUCAACGACAACAGUUUGAAUAUUUUAUGAGAAAAUUUGUUUUUGCGAGGAGUGUGUUUUAUUAUGAAACCGUAAAUUAUCCCAUUAGAAAACUUGAAACUAGACGGGAAAAUUUGCAUACUCUAUGGCAUCACAUUACUGAAGAAAUAACGACGGUGAAACAACGAUUACAAGCAAUGCAAGCCCAUCUUCAUAAAAUCAAAGACGAAUUUCUACAUGCUAUAGCAAAUAUUAAAACCAAACUGGAAAAUUACAUAUAUUUUCAAAAUGAAACAUUUCUAUCCAUUUCAGACUAUCUGACAUCACAAAGAGUUAAAACGUUCAUUUACUGCUUUAACAACUUUUUUGAACACCUGAAUGAAAAUGAAAAAUCUUUAGUUGAUUGGAUAAAACUAGUGGAGAAAGAACUCAUAGAAUUGUGGCACACAGUAAUUGGUGACAGAGAUUCGAGUCAGUUUCAUAAUUAUAGGAAUGGAUAUCAAUUCAUUCGAAAUUUUUCUGACGUUAAGGCAGAAAUCAUCGCCAAUUUCACAAACAUUAUCCGUCUUUGUCAAUUUUCUACCAUCGUUUCAAGUAAGGGACACUCCUUUAUCAAUUCACUGGCGAGAAUACGUGAUGAGGCAAUGGUAUAUACAGACUCCGCAGCCAUCGAUAAUGAAUUUGCACGAAAUAAUUUCUUGCAAAUAGAUAUUUUCUACGAACAGAUGAGUUAUGAAGAAGUUCAACAACAGAUCGGUUACGAUAUAUUUGCUCUCCUUUGUGAUGUCGGUGGAUCCAUGGGAUUGCUAUUAGGAGCCAGUGCGCUAUCUGUUUUAGAAAUAAUUGAUGUCCUGUUUACCCAAACGUUUUUCAAAAUCAGAGCAAUUUUCUAA